AUGGCUACCAACACUCCUUUGCGCUGGGGCAUUCUCGGCUGCGGACGCAUCUCCCACACGUUCGCCAGCAAUGUAAAGCCACUUAAAACCGCCAUUUUCCACGCGUGCGCAGCUCGUUCACUGGAUAAAGCGCAAGAGUUUGCCAACAAACACGUCGUACGAAACGACCCCGAGGUGGAUAUAGUGUACAUUGGCACACUCCACCCGACGCAUUGUGAGCUUGCAUUAUUGGCAUUGAACCAUGGCAAACAUGUUCUGGUGGAAAAACCCAUGGCCAUGAGCGCGAAAGAGGCCGAAACAGUCAUCACACUAGCGCAACAGAAACGCCUCUUCUUCAUGGAAGGCAUGUGGGCGCGGUUCUUCCCCGCAGUUCGCUUUGUGCGCCAAGUCAUCGAUAAAGGCGGCAUUGGCGACGUGCAUCACAUGCACUCGGCCUUCGGAGUGGCAUUCAAAGCCGACAAUGACCGUAUCUGGAAGAAAGAACUGGGCGGCGGUGGGUUAUUGGACAUUGGUAUCUACGUGUUGGCAACUGCCACGAUGGUGUUUGGGUUUAAACCCGAGAAGAUCUCGUCGGCUGGGAAACUCAAUGACGAAGGAGUGGACGUGUACAGUUCCAUCACGCUCGAGUACAGUGGUCAGCGCUUCGCUACGCUUGAGUACUCGACACUCGCGAAGAUCAGUGAGACGGUGACGAUCACUGGCACUAAAGGGCGGAUCUUUAUCCACCCGCCGGCACACGCGUCGAUGGAGAUCUCGGUCGCCACGUACGACGAAAGCGGCAAGGAGACGGAGAAGACGUCGCGCUUUCCGUGGCCGACACCAAGUGACCAUCACUCGGGCUUCCUCUACGGAGCUGAAGCUGCCACGGAGGCUAUCCAACGCAACGAGAUCGAAUGCAUUGAGUACUCACAUGCUGAGUCGCUGGGGAUCAUGAACAUCAUGGACAAAAUCCGCAAGGACCUUGGACUUGUUUACCCCGCUGACGAGCCGUAGGAGUUGCCAGGGUGGCGAACUCAGCUUGAUUACUCUUUACAUGUAGCUGCAUCAACAUGGACAUUGUCGUUGCUUGAGCAUUGCCU